CGCUAUUUCUCCACACCACACGAACGAAGGCAGCAGCCACCAGACACAGCACCGCUCAACUUGGCUUGCUUGCUUGCUUGCUUGUUGCUUGUGAACGUGCGCACACAACAGUGGACGACGCAUUGGUUGUUUGUGAGUGUGCGUGUACGGGAUUCGUUACUUGUGUCUGUGUGAGUGAGUGUGAGGAAGAAGACGCAACAUGAGCGCGCGCAUCUUCAUCAAAGGCGGUGUUUGGAAGAACACCGAGGAUGAGAUCCUCAAGGCCGCCGUCAUGAAGUAUGGUCCAAACCAGUGGGACCGUGUGGCUUCGCUGCUGCACCGCAAGUCUGCGGCCCAGUGCAAGCGCCGCUGGUACGAGUGGCUGGACCCAAGCAUCAAGAAGACGGAGUGGAGCAGGGAAGAGGAAGAAAAACUGCUGCACCUGGCAAAGCUCAUGCCCACACAGUGGAUGACAUUUGCGCCCAUGAUCGGCCGCACCGCCUCCCAGUGCCUCGAGCACUACGAGAAGCUGCUGGACCAGGCGCAGGGCAGCGAGCCCAUCGGCCAGGACGACCCGCGCCGCCUGCGGCCCGGCGAGAUUGAUCCGAUGGCCCACACGCGCCCGGCCCGGCCCGACCCCAUCGAUAUGGACGAGGACGAGAAGGAGAUGCUGUCUGAGGCGCGUGCGCGUCUCGCCAACACGCAGGGUAAGAAGGCCAAGCGCAAGGCCCGCGAGCGGCAGCUGAUUGAGGCCAAGCGGCUGGCGCGGCUGCAGAAGCGGCGCGAAAUGCGUGCGGCCGGUAUCGAACUGAAGCAGCGCAAGCGGCGCAGCAAGAUGCUCGACUACAACGCAGAGAUCCCCUUCCAGAAACUGGCGCCAAAGGGCUUUCACGACCCAAGCGAGGACGACGCCAUCAAACUUGACAACCUCCGCCUCCGCCGCCGCAAGGACGUUGAGGGCAUGUCGAAGCAAGCGAUGGAGGAGAAGGCGCGACGAGAGGACGAGAAGAAAUUGGAGGAACUCAAGAAGAAGAACCUGCCUGCCGCCCUCAUGAAGCUCAACCAGAUCAAGGGCGAUGAGCCGCAGCGCAAGCGCUCGAAGCUUGUCCUGCCGGCACCGCAGGUCUCCGACGAGGAGCUUGAGGAGCUCGUUAAGCUCGGGCAGACUGGCGUGGACGCGCUGGCGACGAUGGACGAGUCUGGUCCGACGGGGGCACUGCUGCAGGACUACCGCGAGACGCCGAGCAUUAGCCAGGCCGCGCGCACCCCAAAGGCGCCGCAAGGGGAGGACAACUUGCUCAAGGAGGCAAAGAACAUCAUUGCGCUGCAGCAGACGGGCAGCGUGCUGGAGGGCGGUGAGAACACGCCACUGCACGAUGGCGGCGGCUCCUUCUCAGGUGUCACGCCACAGCGCGCGCAGACGGCAACGCCAAACCGCGUCCUCUCCACCCCAUACCGCGGUGCAACCGUGCAGCACACGCCGUCCCGCCACCAGACCCCGGCAGCCACACCUGCAACACCGGACGAGGCGUCCACACCGCUGCGCGACAAGUUGGGCAUCAACCGGGAGAAGGACUCACGCCUCCUCACGCCCUCCACCAAGGAGGACCGCGAGCGCCAGCGCGACAUCAAAGCGAGCCUGCGUGACGGCCUUGCGUCGCUGCCGCAGCCAAAGCGCGACUACGAAAUUGUUGUGCCUGAGAUUGAGGACGAGGAGGAGCGCACCGACAUGGACAUUGAGAAAGACGCUGCGGAGGUGGAUGAGGAGGAGGAAGAGCGCAAGCGCCUGAUCGCGGAGAAGGAAUUCAAGCGCCAAUCGCAGGCGCUGCAGCGUGGCCUUGCGCUGCCGAGCAGUGUGAACGAGGAUGUGUUUACGGCGCGGCAGAAGCUGGACGACCUGCAGGCCGCAGACGAGCAGAUCAAGCAGGAGAUGCUCAACUUGCUCAAGCAGGACAAGAGCCUCAUCAAGCAACUGGAAAAGCCGACGGAUGAGGAGAUGGCUGCUGCGCGCGCUGCCCUGGAUGAGGAGAUUGCCGCCGUCCGCAAGGAGAAGCACGGCGACGCGGCCACGGACGAGAGCAUUGCGGACGAGUACAUGCAGUCGUGGCAGCGCAUGCACGAGGACGUCACGUUUGUCGCCGGCAAGAAGCGCUACGGUCGCACCUCCCUCUGCUCGAAACAGGAUCUCGUGGACACGCGGGAGCUGGAGCACAAGCGGCUUGUUGGUUUCAUGACCAAGGACUUCAAGAAGGCGGCCAAGAUGGAGAAGAAACUCCUCAUUGCCCUCGGCGGAUACCAGAAGCGUGCGGCUGCCAUCCGCAAGAGCAUUGCUGCGCUAGGGGAGCAGCUCGAGCAGGCGCGCCUGCAGAAGAAGGCGUUUGAGGUGAUGCGACUCAACGAGCUCAAGAUCAUCCCGGAGCGGCGGCAGCAGCUGGCGACAGACGUGGACGCGGAGGAGAAGCGGCAGACGGAACUGCAGGCACGGUACCGCCAACUCGCCGUCAACAGCAGCGCAGCCCAGCAGCAGUGAUGAUGGUGGUGGUUGUGGUGGUGAUGCCUGCGUCGUGCGUGUGAGUGUGCAUCAUGCCUUCGGUGUGCAUGUGUAUGUGUGUCAGUUUGCUGUUUUGGUCUGAGAUUAAACGUGCGUGCUUCAGAGGCAGCAAGGUUCGUGUAUUCGCGAAUGAAAGAAAC